CUCUCUCUCUCUAUAAACUUCCCAUCAAAACCCAAAUCUUCAUUUCUAAGCCUCUUUCAAGAUUUCAAGUGUUUUAUGUCAUCAUGGGAAUUCAAAAGCCUGCAUGGUUAGAAGCACUUUACAGCCAGAAGUUCUUUGUGGGAUGUUCAUAUCAUGAAACUGCAAAAAAGAAUGAGAAGAACAUUUGUUGUUUGGAUUGCUGCAUCAGUAUUUGCCCUCAUUGCUUGUCAUCCCACCGAUUCCAUCGCCUUCUUCAAGUUCGUCGAUAUGUUUAUCACGACGUCGUUCGGCUCGAAGAUCUUCAAAAACUCAUAGAUUGCUCUAACGUUCAGCCAUAUACCAUAAAUAGUGCCAAAGUGGUGUUCAUCAAGAAGAGACCUCAAAAUAGACAAUUUAAAGGCUCUGGAAAUUAUUGCACUUCUUGUGAUAGAAGUCUUCAAGAACCUUAUGUUCAUUGCUCCCUUGGAUGCAAGGUGGAAUAUCUGGUGCAGCACAAGAGAGAUUUAGCUUCGUAUCUUAAACCUUGUCAUUCUCUCCCACUUAGUAUGGAUUUCUUAGUCCCACAAGACAUGGGAGACGAUGAGAUGACGAAUGAGACUCCUCGUUCGACAGUUGUCGACUACGACGAGCCAAUGAGCUCAUCUUCGGGAUCUGAAAACAUGAGCAUAGCUCAAACAUCGAUCGUUCGGAAGAAGAGAAGCGGACUCUGUCUGUGCGGAAGAUCAGUUAGAAAGAUUCUCUCUAGUGAAGACAUGGCAACCAGCAUAAGCAUAAGUAGAAGAAAAGGCAUCCCUCAUAGAUCUCCUUUGUGUUAACAAAGACAAAAACUCCUCUUUCAUCUAAAUUGGUACUUUUUUCCUUCAAUUUUUGACAAUUUGACUGAAAACCCCUUUCACAAUCCCACCUUUUUUUUUUAAUUAACAAUCUCUCUCUCUCUCUAGUCUCUAGCAUUGAAAUUAGAGCUUACUUAAUUAAUCAAUUGGUCGGGGGGUUUUGUCUUAAUGGCAUCACGUGGCUCCCAAUUCCAAGUUA